AUGUCCGCCCCAACCGUUGAAGUUGAAGAAUUGAACUGGAGACUCGUGGAAGUCGGUAGAGUUGUUUUGAUCAACAACAAGCUUGCUGCUAUUGUCGACAUCAUCGACCAGAAGAGAGUUCUCGUUGAUGGACCAUCUACUGAUGUUGAAAGACAAGUUGCUCGUCUUCAAGACAUAGAACUAACCUUCUUAGUGUUGGAUUCCGUUUCCAGGGGAGACAACUCCGAUGCUGUCAAGGAGGCAUGGGAUGCUUCUGAUAUCUCUUCUCAAUGGGCCUCUUCUGACUGGGCUAAGGAUAUUGCUCAAAAGCAGAGAAGAAGUGAGCUGAACGACUUUGAGAGAUUUCAAGUGCAGCUUUUGCAAAAACAAAGAAGCCUUGCUAUCGGUAGUGCUGCUAAAUAG